CUCUCUUCCUCCCCGACCUCUCCGUUGUGUCAUAAUCCUAUUCCGCCUGCUGGCCCGCUCCUCUUCCUCUCCCUCGGGUCCUUUUCUAUCAUAUUCAAUUCGCCCAUCAUGAGUGCCUCCAAAACGGAGUCUCAGAAGAUCUUUGAGAAGCUAAAACUCAAGCCCGCAAACAAGAUCUGCUUCGAUUGCGGCUCUAAGAACCCAACAUGGUCGUCUGUGCCUUUCGGUAUCUACCUGUGCCUUGACUGCUCGGCCAAUCAUCGUAACCUGGGCGUGCAUAUCUCCUUCGUUCGCUCCACCAACCUCGACCAAUGGCAAUGGGAACAGCUCCGGGUCAUGAAGGUCGGCGGUAACGAGUCCGCUACCAAGUACUUCCAAUCGCACGGCGGUUCUGCCGCUCUCGCCAGCAAGGACGUCAAAGUCAAGUACACCUGCAACGCCGCCGUAAAGUACAAGGAGGAGCUCAAGAGACGCGCUGCGCAGGAUGCGCAACAGUACCCCGGAGAGGUUGUGAUUACCGAUAUCCCCGCUGGCACUCCUUCCAACGGCUCCAGUACCCCCGCCGCUGAGGAUGACGACUUCUUCUCCUCCUGGGAUAAGCCCUCCAUCAAGCGCCCCAGCAACCCCCCUUCCCGUACCGGUACCCCUCCGGUUGUCAGCCGCACUGGCUCGCCCUUCCUGAACUCCGGCGCAAACGGUUCCCGCUCCAAGUCGCCCCUGUCCGCUUCCGACAAGGACAACUCUUCCCCUGCCCCUACCGCCAUCCGGGCCAGCGCUGCUGUCCGUAAGACCCCUUCUACCACCACUGCGAAGAAGGGCAGCGUGUUGGGCGCCAAGAAGGCCCCAAAGCUGGGGGCUAAGAAGAUCGGCGCCGCGGAAAUUAUCGACUUCGAUGAGGCUGAGAGAAAGGCCAAGGAGGAGGCUGAGCGCAUUGAGAAGCUGGGCUACGACCCCGAAGCCGAGCAGGCUGAGGCUGAUGCUAAGGCCAAGACGACCACCACCGCUGCCACGGCGAUCGCCUCGCCCACUCCUAUCAGCCCUAGCAGGAACACCCAAGAACGCAACUCGGGCGAUGUUGAGCGUCUUGGCAUGGGAAUUGGAAGACUUGGAUUUGGACAGACUGUCGGCGUGAAGCCGGCUGCCCCGAAGAAGCCGGGCUUCGGUGCUGUUGCCCCUCGGUCUGCAGCUGAUGAUGAGGAGUUGAAGCAGGCCAAGUCUCGCUUCGGUAGCCAGAAGGGUAUCUCUUCUGACGAGUUCUUCGGACGCGAUCGUUUCGACCCCAAUGCUCAGGCUGAGGCCAAGGAGCGCCUUCGUCAAUUCGACGGCGCCCAGGCUAUCUCGAGCAACUCCUACUUUGGACGUCCUGAGGACGAUCUUCCCGUUGCCGAUGAUACCUACGGUGAUCUUGAAAAUGCUGCCAAGGACUUUGUGCGUCGCUUCGGUAUCACCGCGGGUGAUGACCUUGAGAACCUGACGCAGCUCGUCGGGGAGGGCGCAACUAAGCUGCAAGGUGCUAUACGCAGCUACCUGAACAGCUAGAUAUGUGCGCGACAACUCACUGAUAAUCUUUCAAUUCUUACCUCCGGCUUAUCCUGACCCUUGUUAGCCAGCUUUCUCCUCGAUCUCCUUCAUCUGUGGCGUUUCUGUCUCCGUCUUCUAUUCCCCUGAUUAGUACCCUCAUAAACAGAACUUUUCGACAACAUGGCUGGCGCAGUGCUCUCCGUUUGCUUAGACUAGCUGGGUGCGCCAGGUGCCGUUUUCUGAAGUAACGGUUCAGGUUGGUAUCGCUCGCAUCCAUGCUGCUCUUCUGCGUUAGUUGAAAUCAUUAAUUGCCUUCCACUGAACAUGUUUGGCUGCUUUGAAUCCUUGUAUAUUCGUCGUUGAACUUAG